AUGCUCAUACCCAAUGGUUCCGUCUUCACGCCCGCUGUCCUAACACUCACUGGGAUUCCCGGGCUGGAGUCAGUGCAACAUUGGAUUGGGAUUCCAUUUGGUGCCAUGUAUCUCACUGCUAUGAUUGGAAAUUCCCUGCUUCUGAUCAUCAUUGUUUCAGAGCGCAGCCUCCAUGAGCCCAUGUACAUGUUCCUAGGCAUGCUAGGAGUCACAGAUAUUGCACUUGCUACCACCAUUAUGCCCAAGAUGCUUGGCAUCUUAGAUAUUGCACUUGCUACCACCAUUAUGCCCAAGAUGCUUGGCAUCUUCUGGUUUCAUGUACCAGAGAUUUAUUUUGAUUCUUGCUUGCUUCAAAUGUUUCUCAUCCAUACAUUUCAGGGCAUAGAGUCAGGCACCCUCCUGUCCAUGGCCCUGGACCGUUAUGUGGCCAUCUGUUAUCCACUAAGACACAGUGCGAUCUUCACCCACCAGCUGGUCGCCCAAAUAGGGGCUAUGGUAACACUCAGGGCUGUCAUUCUGGUAGCCCCAUCUUUAGUGCUAAUAAGGUGCCGGUUUCAAUUUUACCGUACAACCAUCAUCUCCCACUGCUACUGUGAGCAUAUGGCCAUCGUGAAGCUGGCUGCAGAAAAUGUGCGGGUCAAUAAAAUCUAUGGCUUGUUUGUGGCAUUUGCUGUUGCAGGGUUUGAUCUGAUAUUCAUCACAUUGUCCUACAUACAGAUAUUUAUCACAGUUUUUCGUUUGCCCCAGAAGGAGGCUCGGUGGAAAGCAUUCAACACCUGCAUCGCCCACAUCUGUGUCUUCCUCCAGUUCUACCUCCUUGCCUUCUUCUCCUUCUUCACACAUAGGUUUGGUGCUCAUGUUCCCCCUUAUAUCCAUAUCCUCUUUUCUAGCCUCUACUUGCUGGUCCCCCCAUUUCUCAAUCCACUUGUCUAUGGUGCCAAGACCAAGCUGAUCCGCAUUCAUGUGGUGAAGAUAUUUUUUUCAUAA